GUCAUACCGAAACGUCGUCCGCGAAUGGAUGAAAUGACGAAUUCAACAAGCAGUCUAUGUUGGCAGGUUACUCAAAAUUUCUCUAUGAUUUUGAUGUUGUGUAAAUGAUAAAAAUAUAUUUUUCACAGUUUAGGUAUUUACAAUAACAUAGCUUUAAAAAUAGGAUAAGUUCAAGUGAACAACCAGAAUCAUGGCUCCGCAAAAAGGAAAAGCUCCCACAAAAGGAGCUAAACAAAUCUUAUUGGAGAACUCAGUGACUCUUAAUUUUUAUCGCAACAUGUCACUGGUAGCCAUUGCUGCUUAUGGAGUAGUCACUACCUGCCUCUAUUUAGAAGACUUGACUACUGGAGUUAUUGUCAUGAAUAUACUGGUAUUGUUAAUUUAUGGUGGUUGUUAUCAAAUGAUGAAAUAUAUUAGCCGGCCAACAUACACUGACACUCAGCUCCUGGAUCCAGGUUUAGACCUGAACAUGGAAGGUGGGAUGGGCGAGCAUGUUAAGGACAUAGUGAUACUCUCGUCGUUGACUCAUGUUCUCAGCAUUUUGUCCAACUAUUUCUGGUUCUUGCUGUUGCUCGUACCCCUGAGAGCAUUUUGGCUGCUGUGGAAGAAUGUGCUUGGGCCAUGGUUCUUCCAAGAAGCUCCUGAAGACACUGAACAAGAUGAAAAGAAGAAGAAGAAGAUGGAGAGGAAAAUGAAAAGGUAUCAACAGUAGCACCGCCUAAACGCUUCAGCACGUGACGCUACCGCCGCUCUGCCACCUCGUCACUUGUUCACUAAGGGCUGAAUGUUAAUGAUACUUAAGGAUCAAUUUCUGUCAAUAAUGUUAGUCAUUUUUGGCAAUAACGAUUCAACUGAUAAAUGGAUGAUUUU